UAAUUUUUUUAUUUAUUUUGUGACUCAACCAUAACAUUUUGUCGGCCGAUAUUUCGGCGCUGUACGAUAGGUGGCGCCAAAUUCAAACCGAGCUAGAAAUCAAUAUGUGACGAUGUACUGACGUGGUCUACGUCAACCCAAAAUAAAUCGAAAAAGCAGUGCAGGUAAAAUCCAUCAAUAACUCACCUUCUAGAGUAUAGAUCGAAACCAUUCUAUUUAACUCAAAUGUUUUCUAAUGUAAUAAUUCUAAUUUUCUAAUGUCUAAGCAGUGUCACCAACAAAUCAGAAGAUUAACCUUGUUUUGUUUUUCCAGUAGUAAGUUGAUAUCUUUUGAAACCCAUGUACUUAUGACAGUUAAUAAAUGAAUAAAUCAAAGUGUCGUGAGUUGCCAAGUUAGCUUCGCUGCGUCAUUUAGAUGAUUGACAAACAAACACAGAAACUACGCAGCCGAGUUAUUACACACAAUGACUGUCAGCAUAAAAGUUAGCCAUUCCAAAAUGAUGAGCAUGUCCACCAACUUGAGUGAAUAGGAGAAUGUAGGCCAUGUGAGGCCAGGCAUGGCCCAUCUAUAAUUAGUGAGGUUACAACCAGUUAGAGCUUGGCAUCCCAACUUGGCAAUCGAAGAUCGAUGGUGAAGUAGUGCAAGAUACACAGAGAUAUUAAAAAACUAGUUGACUCACGAGUUGAAACUGAAUUUGUGUUGCACUUGCGCUCUGGUCCUCAGAAUCUCUUAGCUACACGAAACUGGCAUUGUUAGUCACGAACCGGAUUCCCGACUCUUCACAACCAGAUGGCUGGUGCGCCGCACGCAAGUUUCUCGCCUUUAAAAAGAGUCUUUUUCCCGAUGUACUAAGCGUCCGCUCUCCAUUGACAAAAUCGUGAGAGAACGAAUAUCCCGAAGUGCAGGGGGGGGGGAAAAAAUAAUAAAAGAAGUGUUGUCACUGCACGGUGCUGCGCCAUGGCGUCGCCCUUGAUCAAUCAAAGUGAUCCGAUCGCUUCAAUAAAUCUCAUUCACGACGAGUUGGAGUCCUUCAAGAAGAACGUCGACAUCUUUUUCCUCGUUGUCAUGGGCAGCAUCGUCUUCUUUUUACAGGCGGGAUUCGCGUUCUACGAGUCGGGAUCGGUGAGAAGUAAAAACGUCACCAACGUCCUCUUUCUCAACUACAUGGACACAAGUAUUGGAUCGCUGUUCUACUUGCUGUGCGGCUACGCCCUGGCGUUCGGAGAAGGCAACGGGUUCUGCGGGAUUCGUUACUUUGCUCUGGUCGGCCUGCCCUUCGACAAGAUGGCCCACUGCUUCUUCCAGUACACUUUUGCCGCUACGGCCACGACGAUGGUCAAAAGCUCUUUGCAUGAACGCAGUUCCAUGACGGCUUACUUCACCAGCAUCAUGCUCCUGUCAGGAAUCACUUAUCCGAUAGUCAGUCACUGGGCUUGGAGCCCGAUUGGAUGGCUGGCCCAGUUGGGUUAUCGGGACUUUGCCGGGAGUGGUGUCGUUCAUGCCAUGGGAGGAUCGGCCGGUUUGGCAGCCGCUUUGAUGACCGGUCCACGAACAGGUCGAUUUGAAAAGAACGGAAACUGCAACCCAAUCCAGCCGCAUUCUAUUCCGCAAGUGACAUUGGGAGCCUUCAUCUUUCUGUUUGGAGCAAUCGCCUUCAACGCGGGAUCCAAUCUGACGAUAUCCAAAUCCAAAGACGGCGCUGUCAUCUCACUCGUGUGCCUCAAUACGUUGAUUUGCGUUGCCUCGGCAACGGUCACUUCGCUUCUCUACCAGCGCUACUUCACAGCAUCGGGACGAACUCUCAAAAACUGGAACAUUGUCAAUAUGUUGAACGGCAGCUUCACUGGAAUGGUCGUGAUUUGCGCCGGAUGCGAUCAAUAUCCGCCGUGGGCGUCGCUGGUUGUCGGAUGCCUUGGAUAUUUUGCGUUUCAACUUGUUUUCAAAGCGAUGCAACGAUUUCAAAUUGAUGACGCAACCAAUUCGGUUCCGGUGCAGCUGGGUGGAGGCUAUUUCGGCGUGAUUGGAGCCGCUAUUUUCGGUAGCGACGGUAUCAUUCUCAGCCCAUCCAAAUCGAGCGCAUACGUCCUAUUGGUCAACGUCUUUGGCGGGGCGGUCAUCGCCAUCUUUUCUUUCAUGUCCGUCCUUUUUCUUUACGUCAUUUUGCGCUAUUUCAACCUGCACAGGGUGUCGGAUAGAGAAGAGAAAAUAGGAUUGGAUUUAGCAUUGCACAAUCAAGCGGCUUAUCACAUGGAAGAUGACAAAAUAGAGCGCAUCAUUUCCGUUGAAUCUAUAAGUCGGCGCAGCACGGCCAAAGUUCAACCGACCAAUUCUCCUUACAGACUUCGACGAAUGACUUCCGAACCACACAUCCAAGCCUGGUAGUCGACUAAUCUGAAUUACAUCAGCUUUAAAAAAAAAACCGC